AUGGAUCUAGCGGACAACUAUGCUCUAUUCGCGCUAUCUAAGUACCUAGCACCUAGGAUCGCUGGAAAGUUCGCUUUCCUUCCGGAUGUGGCGGGGAAAGCAUUCGGAUAUAACGAACUUGCAGUUCCCUUCAGCGGCGACGAUGGCGCCUCAAUCCUUCUGAAUGAGUUCUUUAGUCAACGUACGCAGUCUCAGCCAAACUACAACGUGUCUCGACUGCAGCCUGAUAAAAGUAUUCAUAUUGAGAAUCUACUCCGUGCGGAUCAAAAGGCCGACAUCACAAGAAUGCCUUACGUUAAGAACAUGCCAGACAGCCCUGGAACGCAAAAGAAUCUUCAGUCUAUCAAGGCUUUUGGUGAAGCCUAUAAGGAUCAGUUGGUCAAUAUGGACGCGAACCGCGAUCUCACCUGCUUCGGCAAAGAUUCGGAUAACCAUCCCUACGCGAAAGACUUUGAUGGAAACAAGGCGGUCGAAUUCGCCGGACAGUUCUGUGAAGACAUCAUCAAAACGUGGGACGUAGCAACCCCAGUUCCACCAGCUGUGCGGGAUACUUCGGACUUUCGUAACGCUAGUAGAGUAUACUCACUCGAGGGAACAAAUCCUGAAUCACAUCUCGGAUUCUUUGCGGUCGCUGAUCCCGCGUUGUACAUACAACCUCGGAACAUUAGACAGUUCUUUGAAGGAGCAACGGAUGAGGCCAAAAUCGACCACUGUCGCUUGACGUACAAAGACAUUAUACGCAACUGCGACACGGAUGCCACCAAAAGACGUGGUGGUGUACUAAAACUGAACGACCGCCUCUACGGUGUCUAUACCACUCCGGAUGACCGAGAAGGCAAUCUACCGUGGCUGACUGACUACGUUCCUCUCGGAGACCUCAAGUGUUCGGAUUACAACCACACGAGCUACUGGCGUAUAGCAACAUCUAUCGAAGGUACAUCGGAUACAAAGGCACCCGUCGAUAUUACCGAGACGGAAAGACUGCGUAAGAUCUGCUCAUGCUGGUACUCUGCUUUUCCCUUCACCUCGGAUCUGUUCUGCAAACGCUCUGCGCCACAGUGUGGGGAUCUGGAGACCGAUGACAAGAGGAAAGCGGCGGUUUGGGACAAGUUUGCCUGCAAAUCAUAG